CAUUUGCUAUGAUUCUCCACUGUAAAAACGAUUAAGUGCUUUUCAAAGCCUAGUUGAAAAUAUUAUCUGCUGAACAUCUGGCAUUGAGAAUUUGAAAUGAGUUAAAACUGAUUGAACACAUUAUAUUUAUAGGAGUUUCAAAUCUCGUAACGUCCCCAUUCAUAUUUAUUAGCUUGUGAAGUCUCGCAGGUGCAACUCAUAAACACAAUCUCCAUAUUUCCCAUGACACUUGAAGACAACAGUAUUUAUUCAUCAUUGACAGCUGCAGGAGUGGAUGUGAUGACGUCUUCGCUCUUGUCUUCCAAAUUUACUCACAAUCAAAUCUGCGUUAAGCUAGACGUAAACACCAAGAGUACAACCGGAAUGUAAAGAACUUGCCAAGAAAAUAAGAGAAACUGAACUAUAAAUAAAUCAGAUAUGGAAUUGGUCGACGGUAAACUUGAUCUUAAAAAUGACAUUCACUUGUGAUAAACAAGUAGGAAAAGUGAGGUUCAGGCAUAUUGGAUUUUUACACACCGUUUUUCAUGAUUUUCUUAAGCGCAUUUUAACUUAAAAUGGCAAUUUACGUUUCCAAACUGAUAUGAUAGUUAUUGUCCUAUAAAUAAUAAUCACAAAUUCAGACACAAAACCUGAAUACAUAUCCCUUAUCUGCAGUUAUUAAUGAAAAUAAAUGUACUUCCAAAAUCAAUUACUUAACACUUACAAUAUUUGUUCAAAAUAUAUAAAUAAAAACUAAGCUUUAGAACAUCAAGGUACAGCAUUAAUUGUGUAAUUUUACAUCGACAGUUGGAGAAAAACGUGGGGAAUGUUAAACAUUUUUUGCGCUUGUCAGUAAAGACCUUUAUUGUGGAAGUUGUAACCGGAAGUAGUUAUUUUUCUUACUGACUUGACACUAACUGUCCUGAGCUGAGCAGGAGGGCGAGGAGUGCUUCACUUUUCUCUAGUCCAUGGACACUUCCUUUGUUGUUGUGUCUAGUUAUUAGAAUAGUGGACACAUUUUUGUGCGACAUUAAAGUAUUUUCUAAUGAAAGUAUUUUAAAAUAAGUUAACUUUAACUAUCUGUGGACUAUAACGCCUGGACUUUGUGAGACUGCUAACCUCUCCGGUUUGAACGAUGCCAGCGAGUAUAACGUUACUCGGAUUUUAUUUGCCUUUUUUUAUUUUAUCGACAGAAAUAUGAGGAUAGGGCAUCCGUUUUGCUUACACUACAAGGGGUUGUUUACAAAAGGAGCCACGGGGGAAAUGACACUAUGCUAGCACAGAAAGACUCAUAAAGACAUAAAGGAUCAGUAACAACCAUAACCCUUGUGCCGUUCCUGCAUUCUGGAUUAUUUGACCGCAGAUUACGUGGUUUUGCCUGUCCGUCUUUGCAAGGAAAUCCCUGAUGCCUUCACUUGCCCCCUCUCAACAUGCUGGCUCUGAAGCUGGAGCAGGGCAGGCGAGGGGGUGGUGAAGUCGACCGCCUGCAAAAAGGGGCCACUGUGGCUCGGCAGUCGGGGAGGCCCCCUACUCAGGAGCAGGGCAUCAACAUUAAGCAGAAGAUCUCCCAGUGGGAAGGUCGCAGCCAGCAGGGCAGCAGCCAGGAUGCCGGCGUGAAGGCACAUCCUCCGACUGUAUCCCGAACUCUGUCUGGAGAGAUCCUUGGCAACGGAUGUCCCAAUGAGGGGUCGAGAGGGGGGCUUAAGGCGAAACCCAACCUUUCCAAAUCUAUGACUCUGGGAUUGGAUUUUCGGGAAUCCCCAGCACGGGCUGAAAAUGUGGUCGGUAGGAGGUCCGAACCUCUACAGAAAUGCUCCACAGAAUUUUCAACCACAACCCCGGGGAAUAAACCACUUGUAAAACAAAAGUUUGUGUCCCCUAAAGUGGAGGCCAACACUACAGAUAAACCAACCCUCACUGCCAAUGGAGACCGAAAGACGGGUCGCAUCUUGGAUGUCGACGCAGUUCCUAAACUUCUACCUCUAUCGAUGGAUGACCAAGAUGACAACAUUCCUGCUGGAAACUUCUACACUUCCCGGGGUUUCUGGCGUAAGCUCGAGGGGGACAGGCUGCUCUGGCAGAAAGGCCGGGACUCUUCAGGUGAAGUUCAGCCUCCUCCCAAACCUCUGCGGACGUUCGAGUAUCAGGGAGCCAACGACAACAGCACGGUGCGAUAUGACAGCAGAUCCACUCACAACAACCGCUCCAACGUGAGGAGUAGGAGGGUGGCCCACCCACCUAACUUCCCGCCUCCUCCGUGUCCUGUUGCAAAUACUAAUGGGCUUUCAAGGCAUAAAAAGAACAGGAAGUCCUUUGAGUACGAGGAUGCGGCGCGUCUGACGGCGAAGAAAGGAACGCUUGGAGGCGAGGAUAGACACUCGGGCCUUUACCACGCAUACUCUGACGACAACAUUUACGAGGAUAUCGUUUGUGACGUUACCAGAGACAACCCCUAUGAGGAUGUCAAGCUCACGCCCAUGUGUCUCCCAAUUGCAAGGCCACACGGCCCAAAGCUGCCUCCUAAACCCCAAACGUUGCAAGGCUACGCUAGCAGGGUGGACAGAAAGAGGUUUCAAACGACAACAGCAUCCAAAGCGUCUACACUUGCGGAUACUCCCAAACCAGCUACACCCCGGCGCGCAAGCACUCAAAAGAUACAGAGGACGCCUCAGUAUGUCAACAAGAUUGAGACCAUCUUUGACGACAAGCGAGGGAGGAAGAGAGUGAAGAACCAGGGGGUCUCAGUGCGAGAGGAGACGAGUGGGACAGAGAGCGACCCGGAGGACAACAGCAAAGCAGGCUCCAGGAGAUCAGUUUACAUCCAAUCUACACUGAAGCGUCGGCCAGGCUACCGCACCCUGGAGAGAGACCUGAUCCAGCUGCAGCAGCAGCAGCUUUUCCAGAUCUUUGUGGUGGUGUCGCUGAGAAAAGGCUCCCCAGGAAACACAUACUCCCCCGUAAUCACUCAGCAGUUCCCUAAACUGUUUGAGAAGUCGUCGCGGUUCUCCAAAGAGGCAGAGGAUCAGCUGAAGGUCAUUCCCCAGUUCUGCUUCCCCGACUCUCAGGACUGGAAGCCCUCGUCAAACACUCCAAGUGAGACAUUCUCCUUUGUCCUGACCGGAGAGGACGGCAGCCGCUGGUUCUGCUACUGCCGGAAGAUCUUGCCCAUUGGAAAAGGGAAGAGGCUUCCUGAAGUGCACUGCAUCGUCAGCAAACUGGGCUGCUUCAACCUCUUUGCAAAGAUCUUGGAGGAGGUGGAGAGGCGCAGGGAGAUUUCCCCAGCGCUGGUUUACCCAUUUAUGCGCAGCGUGAUGGAGGCCCCCUUUCCAGCCCCUGGGCGCACUGUCACCGUCAAGAGCUUCCUCCCCGGGUCAGGGAAUGAGGUACUGACUUUGUGUCGCCCGGUGGACUCCAGGCUGGAGCACGUUGACUUCGACAGCCUGCUGCAGUGCCUCAGUGUCGGGAACCUCCUGCAGGUGUUUGCCUCCCUUCUGCUGGAGAGGAGGGUCAUCUUCAUCGCUGACAAACUCAGUGUGUUGUCCCGGUGUAGCCACGCAGUGCUGGCGCUGCUGUACCCCUUCACCUGGCAGCACACCUUUGUGCCCGUGCUACCGGCCAGCAUGCUGGACAUCAGCUGCUCCCCCACUCCAUUCCUCAUCGGAGUGCUGGCACCCUGCCUGCCAGAUCUGCUGGAGCUGCCCAUAGAGGAGGUGCUCAUUGUGGAUCUGUGUGCAGACAAGUUUGUCAUUCAGCUGGGCGAUGAGGACUGCAUCCUGCCUAAUAAACUGCAGGCGGCGCUGCAGCAGAUCCUGGAGCAGCGGGAAGAUAUCCUGAGACAGGAGGACGGAGACAGUCGCGGAGGUCAGCAGGCUGAUCUGAGCUCUCUGCUGUCGGAGGGUUUUGUUCGGUUGUUCGUGGAGCUGGUGGGCCACUACCCUCUGCACAUGGUGGAGUCCUCCAACGGGAGCAGGGAGUUCCAGCGCGACAGCUUCCGCAAGUCCCACCCGUCCCGUGGAGUGCGUCAGUUCCUGCAGUUCUUCAUGGACACGCAGAUGUUUGCUGGCUUCAUUCAGGACAAAGAGCUACGCAAGGGAGGAGGAAGAGGUCUCUUUGAGGUCCGAGUGGCCGAGUAUCUGGAUUCUUACCCCGAGCCGGAGCCAAGUGGUGUGAACAAAUUUCUUAAAGGACUGGGAAACAAGAUGAAGCUCCUACAAAUUAAAUGAACACACACCAGCACUCUGGCUUUUACAUCAACGCCUUCAGAACACUUGUUGCUGCUGGACUUGCUGAGGAAAUGAAUAUGGAUGUGUCGACAUGUGAAUGGGACGGAGAAGAGUUCAGAAAGAGGUUCAUCUCAAAGCCAUGUAUGCAUGUUUGAAAGCAGUGCACUUUUAUUGGACGAAAACUGGACACGGUAUUUCCCUUUUUUGCCAUUUUUUUUUAAUGACACCUUGAGGACGAGGCACUGUGUCUUUGGAAAAUAAAAACAACAUUCCAGCUACUUCAUCUCAGUUAUCAACCUGAACACGUGGUUGUUACUAUUUUUGUUUACUUAGACAACGUGUGCAUUUUACAGAAUGCAACUUUAAUAUGUGAGCUGCAGUCUUGUAAGUACUUUACAAUUUAAAAUCUGUAUGGUUCCAACCUGAUGCAUGUUUUUAUACUGUACAUUUUAAUGUAAAAUCCCAUUAUCCAUGUUGCAUUCCCUUCAGCACAGAACCGUUUACUUCAAUCUGUUUGUCUAUCAGAUCAAGUUUGUAUUGUUUAUUGACUCUGAUCAGAACAUUUCAAGUGUUAUCACUCCUCCUUAAUCACAAUGAAUACUCACAUUUUAAGGAAUUUGAUUCAUUUUCUAUCCUUGACCUUCUCCUUGUUAACUGGAGUUGUAAAUAUUUUCUUUACAUUUUGCACAAUGUUGAGAACCAGUGUACAGCCGUUGGAAUAUUUUUGUAUGAAAUCGUGAUGUGUCCUACUUUGAAUAAAUGGAACACCUUGGACAGCGUAA